AUGGUUUCAAAAUCUCAAAUUCAAACUGGUAUCCUUGGUGUUAGUCUGAUGAUGGCUAUCACGUGUAAUCAUAUAUACGAAUAUUGGCAAAGGAAUAAACCAUCACCGGAAAUUCCAGUUCAAUCAUGGGAUAAAUAUGUGAAAAUGCAGAAGGAGAGCGGCAAGGAUUAUUGA